UCCCCUUGUGUAAUUCGCUGUCUGUGCUUUCCCUCACCUUGAAAGAACAAAAUGACACCUUUCUGGCAUUAUCUCACGCCCGUUCUUAUCUUUGUGGCUGGGUACUUCAUUGUUACAAAGAAGAAUCAGAGGACCAUCCCUCGCUCACAAGACGAGGAUACUGGAAAACAAAGUGAUUCUGAGCUAUCUGCUUCCUACUACACCUCUGUUUUAGGAAAUAAUUACUACGUGUUCUUGAGCUUUAGAGGCGCUGAUACUCGCAAAGGCUUCAUCGAUCACCUCUACCAUAGACUCGUAGACAUGAGCCUGCACCAUUCAGACUUCGUGUUCAGAGAUGAUGACAAGCUCCGCAUUGGCCAGCCAAUUGGUGAUAAUCUUCUCGAUGCAAUCAAGCGUUCUAAGAUUUCAAUCCCAGUCAUCUCAGAAGAUUAUGCUGGUAGUAAAUGGUGCCUCAUCGAGCUCAUUGAGAUAAUGGAGUGCCAUGAACGCACAGGUCAAAUAGUCUUGCCCGUGCUUUACAAUGUGAAAACCGAUCAUGUGAAAACCAUGACGGGGAAAUUUGGAGAAGCCUUCCGACGCGAGAAGCAUAGGUUUGACGAAGAGUUCGAGGGAAAAGCGAAGGCAGCGCUCCAAAAAGUAGUUAAAAAUAAAGUAUACAAAUUAGAGGAUUAUAGCGGGUAUGAAGGGAAAUUAGUAAAAGAACUCAUAGAAGCAAUAGUGCUCAGACAGCAACAUGAUUUCCCUCCGUCUUUUCCCAAGGACUUGGUUGGAAUUGAUGAUCAUGUGGCUAGGGUUAUGAAUUUGGCUGAUAUUGCUUCUCCGGAAACUUCUAUGGAAACUCAAAUUAUUGUGAUUUAUGGGAUUGGCGGCAUCGGUAAGACGACUCUGGCCACAUUCAUCUAUAAAGAGCUUUUUGAUAAAUUUAAUUGCCACAGCUGUCUCAAUGAUAUUAGAGAAACAAUUAAAAGCAAGGGUAUGGAGUAUGUCCAAUCUCUACUGGCAUCACAUAUAACAAAAGGUAGAGUGCAUGAUUCUGGGAUUGAAAUGAUUAGACGUAAAUGUAAAGAAAAGAAGGUACUUAUUCUUCUUGACGAUGUGGAUAGUCAAGACCAUCUUGAUAAUUUGAUUGGAGGUUGUGAAUUCAAGUCGGGGAGUCGGAUCAUUAUUACAUGUCGAGAUAAGUUUCUAUUGAAGCCUGAAUACAAAGGGUAUGAACUCACAGAAAUGAACAUGCAAGACGCUUUGGUUCUGUUUAGGAAAUAUGCAUUCAAAGGAGAACAAACUCCAAUAGAACUCAUUGCUCUUUCUAGUGAUAUUGUUGCCACCACAGGAGGGAUUCCCUUAGCUCUGAUGAUUAUGGGUUCAUUUCUCAAUAGAAAAGAUAAAAGCAUAUGGACAGAGACGCUGGAGAAAUUGAAGAAGGUGCCUCAUAUCGAUGUACAACAAAAGUUGAGGAUAAGUUACGAUUCAUUAGGAUAUGAGGAACGGCAAAUGUUUCUAGACAUAGCAUGCUUUUUCAUUGGAAUUGACAAAAGAAUUGUCGCCUACCUGUGGAAGGAUCUCCAUUAUCGCGUUGAUUCCGGAUUCAAAAGAAUGAUAGAACUUUCGUUAAUAAUUGAUGAUGAUAACAAUGAGUUGAGAAUGCAUGAUCACUUAAGAGUUCUAGGCAGAGCUAUCGCCCGUCCAGCACAUAAAAAGCUUUGGAAACGUAGCAGACUAUGGGACGAGGAAGCCAUAACAGUUCAACGAAGCGAGAAGGAAAAUACAAAUGUUGAGGCAUUACAUCUGGACGAAAAUGGCUCAAGCAUGUUCAUGAAGCGAAAAAGCUUUAAGAAAAUGCCUUACCUGAAAUUCCUUCGUCUGAGUAAAGUCAAAUUUGAUGGAGAUUACGAGGAUUCACUUUCUGAAUUAAGAUGGCUAGAGUGGAAGAGUUGUCCCGAUUCUUUCACCGCGACCAAUGUUCAUUUGGAGAAAUUAGUGAUACUCAAUUUAUCAGGUGGUUCUAUUAGCGAAAAUUGGGGAGGAUGGACUUCAAUCACGGCGGAGAGGUUGAAAGUUCUCAAUCUUUCGCAGUGCUUAGACUUGAAGAGCACCCCUGAUCUCUCUGCAUUUGAGAAUUUAGAGAUGCUAAUCCUGGAAAGUUGCGAGAACUUGGAGGUAAUCGACCCUUCCAUUGGGAAGCUCGAGCGCCUCGUUUCCUUGAACUUGAGGUACUGUGGGAUUCUCAAGGUGUUACCCGAGCAAUUGGGCAAGCUAAAAGCAUUGGAGGAACUGGCCCUAGACGAGACUGAUGUACAAGAAAUCCCUCCAUGGAUAGGAUCUCUGGGGAAGCUGAAGACGCUUAGUGCCGUGGGUUGUCGUCUCCUGGCUCGAGUUGAUGACUCAAUAAGCGAUCUGUUAAGUUUGUCAACCCUCAACUUGAAGGCUUGUGUAAGCUUGCAAGGAUUUGCGGUCUCCUUCCAGGCCCAAGGAAAAUUGCAGCACUUGUCGUUGGAGAGAUGCAACAAGCUGAGAGAGAUCCCUUCUUCAAUUGGGAAUUUGGGAGAGUUGGUUGAGCUGGACUUGUCGCAUACAAUUAUUGACGAACUACCUGAAUCCAUGGGGGAAUUGAAGAAAUUGAAAAUUCUGAGGAUUUCCCAUAGUACGAUUAAAAAGUUGCCAAUCGCCAUUGGAGAAUUGAAAAGCCUGGAAGAGUUGCAUGCCUCAGGCUGCCGUAAGCUGGAAGGACAAAUUCCUCGAGAAGUAAAUGGAUUGUCUUCUCUAAAGACCCUUCGUUUAGGUGGAGCAAAGAUUUCUGGCUUGCCGGAGAACUUCCAUGAGCUUUCUUCUCUCGAGGACCUUGAUUUACUUGGCUGUGUGCAGCUUCAGUCACUGCCAGAACCUCCUUCCCGCUUAUCAUCCCUGCAGCUCACCUGCUGGAGCGGCGAGCUGCAGUCGUUCUCUCACCUAAUGCAUCUGAAGGAGCUCACCCUUCACUCUUGCACGUCUCUUCGAAGCAUCCCAGAGCUUCCCUCCUGCAUACAGAAGCUCCGCGUUCGGAGCUGCCCCAAUUUGAAAAAGUUGUCGAUUCUUCCCAAGUGGAAAUCCUUGUCGGAGUUAGAGCUCUUGCAAUGCAAUGGGCUGAAGGAGCUGGAUGGUCUGGAAGCUUUAACAUCCCUAAGAAAGUUGAACCUAUCCACAAGCACAGACUUGUCCAACCUCAACAGCUUUGACGAUUUAGAGUCGGUGAGUUCCUCGGACUCGCGCAGCUUCAAUUUUAAAAAGGCGGAUAAUCUCCAUGUGAUAUUAGGCUUCGAAAAUUUGAGAUCCCUGGAAGUGCUGAAUAUCUCUGGGCGGAAGCACAUUGAACGACUGAAUCUUUCAAAUUCGGAGCAUCUGAGGCAAUUGAUUGUAAAGGAUUGCCCAAGGUUAGUUGAAAUCCUCAUCCUUAAUAUAGUAUCCCUGGAGCGCUUUGAUUGGGAUGGGCGCCAGCCACAAAUCACCAGAGUCUCCAGCGCGCGACCGGCCACUUGAUAGUACUGGAUACUUUCAUUCCUGAGGGAAAGAGCAGUAAAAAGCUGACUAAGGUUCACAGGUCAAAGUUAGGUUUUACAUUUGACAGUACUGGAUACAGGGGAUGCAAUUUGAUGAGAGCGACACCAAAAAGAUUAGGUUUAGGACACUGCACUGCAUGAAAGAAUUGUGAAGAAGAUUUGAAAGUGUGGCACCACGAAAAAGAUCUGGUUCUGGAGAUUGCUAAAGUCUGCUUCUAAAUGUAAAUGUAGCAGGUAAGCUGCCGCUUUUCUGCUGAGAUUACCCGCUUUCAUUGGUAUUUUUAGUUUGCAUAGGGAUCUUCUUUGAUGUGUUAUGAUUCUCCGUCUUAAAUCCAGGAGCUGGGGGAAGUUGUUGGAGCAAGUAAUAUGUAAUGCUUCAGUGUUGUCUGGCUUGUGGUCAUGAUGAGAACAGAAAAGAUCAGGAUGACUCCAAAGGUGUAUUAGAUGUCUUCAGUCAAAUAGCAGUGAAGGGACCAUAAACGUGUAUUGCAUUUUCUCAUAGCCGGUAAAUUAAUGUCAAGAUGAAGAUUUGCUCUCUCUGAAGGUAGAUAUAAGGGCUUGAUAACGCUGAAAGUACAAUUAUCAACGGUGGAAAUCAUGUAGUCUUUCCUUGUUUUACUUCUUGCCUCUAUUAAUCAUCUUGCAAAUUCUUACCUCUAUACCAUUCGCAAUUUCCUCCUUCAGUUUGGUCAUUGUUUGGCGAUGACAUUGUCUAUGCCUCAGAGGCUUCAAACAAACAGAAGAUGUUCAAUGCAUUGGUGGAUAACAUUGUCAGAUCCAAACCAGAAGUAUGGAGAAUGUCCUUUAAAUCAACUUCAUUGCUCUCAUGACUUUUGGAUAAAAUGACAUGUAAUCAAUGCGGAGCUAGAAAGCUGCCCCUGAACAGAAUUGGGAAUUCAAUCCUGCAAUAAGCAGUUGUGUUUCAGCCAGAAAUGUGCGCCUUUUUUGGCUAGGCUGAUGGUGGGGACAAAAAAAUCUUCAGAGCUCGGGUAUCAUCCAGCUGUUUAUGGCACUGAAUGAAGUGGGAGGAGCUGUGCAUAUGAUUUUUACUUCUGUGGUGAGCUUAAUUGAUACUGC